CACUGAACUCCUUUGACAAACAAUUACAGUGUUUAUUUGGAAAUGUUAAUAAUGCGCCAAGAUACAUGACUUAAAGCCUGUGGGGAUCACCGGGAUUACAAAGGUCCAGAUGCAUUCAAUUGACCCCAUGAACAUCACAGAUGAUCAGAUUAUGUACUGUAGUCCACUAACACAGGCCUAUUAGACAAUAGGAUUUAAUGAGCUGUUCCAUGCCCAGUUUGAUACUUAUCUCCAAGGUGGUGAUUGUUGCUUUGGGAGUUCAUCAUGUACGUACAAGUGUGUAUGGGAUGUGUACUUAAGCUUUAAAUCCCUUCCUCGUUCCUUGAGCAAUCAUGUGUGGGAAGCGAACAAAAGCUUUAAAUCCCACCCUUGAGCCAAUUAAGUUGAGCCUAAGCAAUAUUUAAGUCUCCUAUAAAUGCAGGUUAAUGUCCCAUUGAAAAGAGACUGUCGGAGGACAGCACGAAACAAGUUCCUCGGUUUCAUUUUGAAUUAGAUGGAAAUCGUUUGUAGAUUUCUAAUAAAACCAUUUUAAACUCUUUUUGAAGAGUGCUCCAAAUUUUAUUUUACUUUCCAACAGACAACAAUGAGGGGACAUCGCCAAAUGGAGCUCCCAGAGGACUUCUUUAUUCCCAUCACUCUGGAUACCAACAAUAUCACUUCACUGAGCCCAUUCCUUGUUCCACAGGAUCACUUGGGGCACCUAGGUGUCUUUUAUGCAAUGUCAUUUUUUAUGUUCUUCCUAUUUGUGACUGGAACAGCUAUUAAUGUCCUCACUAUCGCAUGUACUGUUCAAUAUAAGAAACUCCGGUCUCAUCUGAACUACAUCCUGGUGAACUUGGCAGUGGCAAACCUCCUCGUUGCCAGUGUGGGGUCGUCCACCUGCUUCUACUGCUUCGCCUUCAGAUACAUGGCUGUUGGAACAACCGGCUGCAAGAUUGAAGGAUUUACAGCAACCUUGGGGGGUAUGGUGAGUCUGUGGUCUCUGGCUGUGAUAGCGUUUGAGAGAUGGCUUGUUGUCUGUAAGCCACUUGGGAACUUUGCCUUCAAGUCGCACCAUGCUAUAGCUUGCUGUGCAGCGACUUGGGUCUUUGCCUUGAUUGCCUCAACUCCUCCUCUGUUUGGUUGGAGUAGGUAUAUCCCAGAGGGCAUGCAAUGCUCCUGUGGACCAGACUGGUACACAACCAACAACAAGUACAACAAUGAGUCCUAUGUGUAUUUCCUGUUCGGUUUCUGCUUUGCUUUUCCCUUCACUACCAUUGUGUUCUGCUACUCACAGCUGCUCUUAAUGCUGAAAUCGGCGGCAAAGGCCCAAGCUGAGUCUGCCUCCACCCAGAAGGCAGAAAGGGAGGUGACCAGGAUGGUGGUCGUCAUGGUGCUGGGCUUCCUAUUUUGCUGGGCUCCCUACGCCAUUUUUGCACUUUGGGUUGUCAACAACCGCGGCCAGUCGUUUGACCUGAGACUGGCCACCAUACCCUCCUGUAUGUCUAAAGCCUCCACAGUCUACAACCCAAUGAUCUACAUCCUCCUUAACAAACAGUUCCGCACAUGUUUAAAGAAGAUGCUGGGCAUGAACGCAAGCGAUGAUGAGGAGUCAUCAAGUUCAUCAGUCACUGAAGUUUCUAAAGUUGGACCUGCUUAGGUUGUUCACAUUUCAUGCUGCUGACAUAUAUUGUAAAAAGGAUUGAACUGAAGCACAGUAUGGCAGGUGUAAUGAUAUUAUCAUUACAUAUUAAGAGUUAUAUGCAAAUAAAAAUGUUAAAAAAAAAAGAACUAAAUACAUGAUGACAGUGAUUAUUUCUGUCUUUACUAGGCUAUUCAUUUUGAAUGUACACUUCCAAAAUAUAAUCUCUUUUGUAGUCUUGUAUUCUGUCCUGAAAUCUUGUUUUUUGUUCAAGAUGCACAAUGGAGGUCACUUCAAAACCCAUAGUAGUAACUAGUCAAAUAACAAGCGAAUGCUCCAAGUACAUUAGUUUUUGUGAAUGUAUUUGAAAAGUUGCACAAAUUCACUAUUGUCAUAGUAAAGAAAUUGCUCACAA